CGUCCCUUUUGAUCGUGGGUCUCCGUCUCUCCUUCCCCGAAACGUCUUGCAAGUUGCUUUAUUCGCAGGGAGUCUCGCCAUGAUUGACCUGGAUUUUGCUCUCUUCCUUCUGCCUGGACCUCCAUCGCUUUUUGUCUUCCCAUGGCCUCCCUUUCUUGGAAACCCCCACUGACCCAGCUUAUAUAUCCUCUCGCCCUCUGGCUUCCCCAUCUCAAACCUCUCUGCUUUCUCCUCUGUUCUUGAUACUUCUGCCGAUGGGGUCUUCACCAGCGUCGCGCGGGCCAGCUCCUGCUCCGGCUCCGAGCUUCCACGACUACUUGCCGGGCAUGGCUGAGAAGCUCGGCAGGGACGGCCUGAUUGGGGAGCUGUGCAAAGGGUUCCGCCUCUUGAUGGACGAGGACAAGGGGGUCAUCACGUUCGACUCGCUCAAGAGGAACGCCGCCCUCCUGGGGCUGCACGGCCUGGGCGACGACGACCUGCUGUCCAUGUUGAGGGAAGGCGACUUCGACGGCGACGGGGUGCUGAGCCAGAUGGAGUUCUGCGUCCUGAUGUUCAGGCUGAGCCCCGAGCUCAUGGAGGACGCGGAGUCGUUCUUGGAAGAUGCUCUUGAACAGGAACUCAAGGCCUUUAGACGAUGAUGUUCUCUAUCUCUCUUCUUUCUCUUCUUCUUUUUUCCUUUUUCUGAGGUUAAGACUCGAGGGCUGAUCAUGGCUGCCCGGGGACAGAGCUUGCGCCCUUUGCAUCAAUGGUGGAUUCUCCCCCUCUUUCUAAAAUAAUUUUUCUUUAGCUUUUGCUGUCCGAAGGCGACACAAAAUAUUUUCGAGCGAAUCAAAUCAAGAAAUAUGUACUCCGAUGUUCGCAUCAA